AUGUCAAUAUCAAUCGAUUCAUCACGUUCAAUAGUAAAUAAAUUAAAAUUAAAUAAAGAAAAAUGUCAUUUAUUUCAAUAUGUAUUUGAUCCAAUUGGUACAAAGAAAAAAAUUGAAAUAAAAUAUUUAAUAAAUUAUGAUCCUAAUUUAAAAGAAUCAUUAAUUGAAUGUUAUUAUUUAGAAAAACUUGGAUUUAAUUUACCUGAAACAAUUCAACAAAUAAAAUUACAAUAUUCUAAAUUUGAACAAUUAUCAAAUGAACUUCGUUUAAUGCUUGAAGAUUAUCAUUUAACAAUUGCAUCACUUGAUACUAUUGAAGUAUCACUUCUUCAAUCUUAUAUUGAUCAAAUUCAAAGAACUAUUAAACCUGGAACAUCAAGAAUAUCAUUUGGUGAAAUUGGUAAUCUUGAUUAUGUAUACGAAUGUAAAAAACAAUUAGAAAAAUUUCAUUCGAUUCUUAAUCAAAUACGAAAAAUUUCAUUAGAUAUUCAUGAACAUAUUGAGACUUUUCGUUUUUGUAUUAUUGAUCCAAUUGUUCCACGACAUAAUGAUGGAAGUUUAUUUACUUGUCGAGAAUAUUUUGAAUUUCUUGAAAACAAACGUAAAGAAAUUAUAUUAAGUUUAAAACGACGUUAUGAACUUAUUGGUCCGUUAUUAACUAAAGUCGAAGCAUUAGUAUUUGGUACUAAUACUGGAAAACAUAAAAAUAUGCAUCCAUUUUAUACAUAUUGGGAACAUGAAAUAUUUACAUCUUUAGUUGAAUUAGUUAUUCGUAAUCUAUGUCAAUUUUAUGAAAAUAUUUUCGGUAGUUCAUCUCUUUUUAUUGCUGAUGUAAUACUUGCUCCUCCUCGUGUUAAGCUACAACCACCACUUGAAGAAAUUAUUAAUUCUAUUCGACGUAGUGCUCAUGGAAUAAGUCAAUUACCUAAACAUUUCGUACGAUGGUUACAUGGUACAUGUAUAUCAUGUCCCGUCAUACCAGUACUUGAUGAAAAUCUUGAUUCACCUGAUUUUACUUUUAAUAAUGAUGUUAAACAACAUCCUGAUGUUAUUUCAACAUUAAAACCAGUUCGAUCAUAUGCUUCUGGAUUAGUAACUGCUAUUAAUCAAACUCUUACUCAAUUAUUAACAUAUAGUGAUUUAUGGAAAAGUGAUAAACAAAAAUAUACAAGUCGAUUUGCUUUAAAAUCUCGUACAUAUUCUGAUUAUGAUGAAAUAAUGACAAUUUUUUCUAAAAUUAAUCAAACAUUUGAUUAUUAUUUAAUUAAUAAAAAUAUUUAUUCAAUUGAAUUAUGUUUUAAACAAUUUCAUCAAGCAUUAAAAUAUCAUUGUAAAGAAUGGAUAAAUUAUUAUGGACAAAAUUUAUAUAAUAAAAUAUCAAAUAAACUUAAAGAAAUUGAUGAUAUUUUAAAUAAUUUAUUUCAAAAUCUUAAUCAUGAUGCUGAUACAGUACCUGAUUUAAAAUUUGUUUUAAAUAUAAUAAAACAAAUAAAUCAACAACAAGAAUCAAUUGGACAUCAAAUUUAUGAUAUUAUACAAUCAUAUCAAAUUUUAGAUCAAUAUCAUUUUGAAUAUUCACAAUCAGAAUCAAUACUUAUUCAAACAUUAUUUCCACGUUUAAUAGAACUUGUUGAAAAAUCACAUAUUAUACAAUAUCGUUUAAAACCUAUACGUGAACGUUUUCGUGAAAUUAUACAAUAUGAUAUUGAAUUAUUUCAACGUAGAAUUGAUGAAUUUAUUGAUAAAUAUGAUAAAUAUGAUCCAUAUACAAUUGAAAAUAAUCUUGAUCAAAUUUUUCAAUUUGUUAAACAAUAUGAAAAAGAAAUUGAUAAAAUUGAACAACGAAAAAUUGAAUUAAUUAAUAUAAUGAAAUUAUUUCAUAUACCAUUAAUUAAUUAUCCACAAUUAAUACGUAUUCAAAAAGAAAUAAAUAAUUUAAAUAUUUUAUUUAAUCUUUAUGAUGAAUUUAAACGAAAUAAAAAAUUAUGGUCAAAUAUUCUUUGGUCAGAACUUAAUAUUAAUGAUUUAAUUAUUAAUGUAGAUUUAUUUAUUAAAAAUUUUCAUCGUUUAUCACAAGAUAUUAAAACAACAGUUGUUGGUCAUAGAAUCGAAAAAUAUUUAAUAGAUUUUCGUUCAUCACUUCCAAUUAUGGUUGAUUUAAAAAAUGAAGCAUUACGUGAACGUCAUUGGCGACAAAUUAUUCAAGAGACUAAUAUUGAUAUUGAUCUAACAAAUAAUAUUCUUACAUUAGAAAAUAUUUUUCAAAUGAAUUUACAUCAAUACAAUGAUAUAAUUCAAAGUAUUUUACAAACAGCUAUUAAAGAAUUACAAAUUGAAAAGAAUCUUAAUGAUAUUCAACAACAAUGGGAUACAAUGCGUUUUCAAAUACAUAAACAUUAUCGUCAUACAUUAAGUACAAAUAUUCAACAAGAACGUAGUUUUAUUAUAACUGGUGUUGAUGAUAUUCUUCAAGCACUUGAAGAUUCAACAUUACUUCUUAAUAGUAUAGGAACAUCACGUUUUGUUGGUAUUUAUCUUUUACAAGUUGAACAAUGGAUUCGAAUUUUAUCUUUAAUAUCUGAUGUAAUUAAAUUAUGGACAAUUGUACAACAAAAAUGGAUAUAUCUUGAAAAUAUAUUUAUUGGUUCGAAUCUACAAUUUGGUGAAGAUGCUAAACGAUUUGAUAUAGCUGAUAAAUUAUAUCGAAAAAUAAUGUUUGAAACAUCAAGAAAUUCAUUAGUUAAAGAUGCUUGUAUACAUCCUGGUCGAUAUGAUGAAUUAAAAUCAAUAUUAAAUCUUAUUGAAAAAAUUCAAAAAAAUUUAAAUGAAUAUUUAAAUACAAAACGUCAAUUAUUUUCACGUUUUUAUUUUCUAUCUGAUGAUGAACUUCUUUCAAUUAUUGGAUCAUUAAAUCCAAAUCAUAUUCAAGAAUAUUUACAAAAAAUGUUUGAUAAUAUUUCGACAUUAAAUUUUAUAUAUUAUGAUAAAUUAUCUAAUUCAAAAGAAAAACAACAAAUUAAUGAACAAAUAUAUUUAAAUAAUCAAGAAAAUUCUAUUUAUGCUAUAGCAAUGAUAUCAUUAGAAAAAGAAGAAAUGAUUUUUUUCAAUUCAAUUGAAUGUAAUGGAAAAGUUGAAAUAUGGAUGUCAAAUAUUGAAAAAGAAAUGAAAUAUUCAAAUCGUUGGUUAACUAAAGAAGCUAUUUUUUAUUAUCGUUUUAAACAAAAUAGAUUAGAAUGGAUGAGAAAAUAUAUUGGAAUGGUUAUUCUAGCUGUAAAUCAACUUUGGAGUACAUGGGAAAUUGAAGAUCAAUUUGAUAAAAUGAUCAAGUAUAAUCAACGUUCAGCAAUGAAAACUUAUGUUAAACAAUUAAAUUCUCAAAUCGAAGAAAUUGUUAUAGAAAUGAGAAAAUUAUUAAAACCAAAUGAAUAUAAUAAAUUUGAAACAGUUCUUACUCUUGAUGUACAUACUCGUGAUAUGGUAGAUAUUUUAAUUCGUGAUGGUAUUAAUGAACGUCAUGAUUUUUCAUGGCAAUGUCAAUUACGUUUUUAUUGGUUAUCAAAUGAAGAUAAUUUAUAUUUACAACAAUGCAAUGGAAAAUUCGAAUAUGGUUAUGAAUAUAUGGGUCUCAAUGGUCGUCUUGUUAUUACACCAUUAACUGAUCGAAUUUAUCUAACAGUUACACAAGCUUUGUCCAUGUUUCUUGGUUGCGCACCAGCUGGACCAGCAGGUACUGGAAAAACCGAAUCAAUUAAAGAUCUUGCUAAAGCUAUGGGUCUUCUUUGUGUUGUUACCAAUUGUGGUGAAGGUAUGGAUUAUCAAUCAAUAGGUAAAAAUUUAAAUGGUUUAUGUCAAACUGGUGCUUGGGGUUGUUUUGAUGAAUUCAAUCGUAUUGAAGCAUCUGUUCUCAGUGUAGUUUCUACUCAAGUAAAAAGCAUUCAACAAGCUUUAUCAUUAUAUGUUAAAGAAUUUUUUUUUGAACACAAUCAAAUUCAACUUCUAUCAACUGUUGGUAUAUUUGUAACAAUGAAUCCAGGUUAUGCUGGUCGAACAGAAUUACCUGAAUCAGUUAAAACAUUAUUUCGACCUGUUGUUGUUGUUGUUCCGGAUAUGCAAUAUAUUGGAGAAAUAAAAUUAUUUGCUAAUGGAUUUAUACAUGCAAAGAUUUUAGCUAAAAAAAUGGUAACAUUAUAUCGUUAUGCAUCUGAAUUACUUAGUAAACAAUAUCAUUAUGAUUGGGGUUUAAGAAGUUUUAAAGCUGUUUUAUCAAUGACAGGUUAUUUAAAACGAACAUCAAUGAAAGAAGAUCCAGAAGAAAUUGUUCUUCUAAGAGCUUUACGUGAUAUGAAUAUACCAAAGUUUAUUUAUGAUGAUGUUAAUUUAUUUCUUACAUUAUUAAAUGAUUUAUUUCCAAAUAUUCAUUGUACAGAAAUAUCAUAUGAAAAUUUACAUCGAAUUAUUAAAGAAAUAUUAAUCAAACAACAAUAUAUUUUAGUUUCAGAACAAAUUGAAAAAAUUAUACAAUUAUAUGAAACAAUGAUGACACGUCAUUCAACAAUGUUAGUUGGCCCAACAAGUGGAGGAAAGACAGUAGUGUUAAACACUUUAGCUGAAGCACAAACUCAAAUGGGAAUCAAAACAAAUUUAUAUACAUUAAAUCCAAAAGCACUAAGUGUUAUUGAAUUAUAUGGUACACUUGAUCCAUUGACACAAACUUAUUUAUAUGUAGGUGAAUGGACUGAUGGUAUUGUCUCGAUGCUUUAUCGAAUGAUUAAUCGACCAACAAUACGUAAUGAAAGACGUUAUAUUGUAUUUGAUGGUGAUGUUGAUGCACUUUGGAUUGAAAAUAUGGAAUUUAUGGAUGAUAAUAAAUUAUUAACAUUAGCUAAUGGUGAACGUAUUCGUUUACAAGAUUAUUGUUCUUUAUUAUUUGAAGUUGGUGAUUUAAAAUAUGCAUCACCAGCAACUGUAUCUCGUUGUGGAAUGGUUUAUGUUGAUCCAGAAAAUUUAGGUCCAUAUCCAAUAUGGAAACGUUGGUUAAAUAUGAAUUUUAUUGAUCGAUUAAAUGAAAAAGAUCAAUUAGAUUUACUUUAUAAUCGUUAUACAAAAAAUGUCUUAAAUUUUAUAUAUCAAGGUUUAACAGAAACUGGACAAAGACCAAGAAUGAAAAUGAUCGUUCCAUUAACUCAAGUAAAUAUUAUCGUACAAUUAACAAAAUUACUUGAUUCAUUAUUUUUACCAUUAAUUAAUCAUGAGAAAAAAGAUCAAUUACAAUUAAAUUCUGAUAUAAUUCAUGCUAUCUUUCUUCAAGCACUUAUUUGGUCAUGUGGUGCUUGUUUGAAACAAGAAGAUCGUAUUAUAUUAGAUACAUUUAUUCGAUAUUUAUCAGGUCUUUCAACUGUAACAAUAAAUUCGAAAGCUAAAUCAGGACAAUUACCUAAUGAAAAACUUCUACUUUUUGAUCAUAUAUUUCAACCUGAACUUAAUCAAUGGACAAAAUGGAAUGAUCUCAUUCCAAAAUAUGAACAUGAUCGAUCAAAACGAUUUACUGAAUUACUUGUUCCAACUAUUAAUACAGUUCGUUUAGAAUGGUUAAUUAAAUCUAUGAUAACCACUCAUCAACCUGUUUUAUUCGUUGGUGAUACUGGAUCGAGUAAAACAGCAACUAUUCUAUCUUAUAUACGUAAUUUUGAUUCACACUAUACAAAUUUGAUUUUAAAUUUUUCUUCACGUACAAAAUCAAUUGAUGUACAACGUUCAAUUGAAACUCAACUAGAAAAACGUUCAAAAGAUACUUAUGGACCAACAGCUGGCACUAAAUUAAUCAUAUUUCUUGAUGAUAUUUCUAUGCCAAAAAUUGAUCAAUAUGGAACACAACAAGCAAUUGCUUUACUUAAAUUACUUAUUGAAAAACAUGGAAUGUAUGAACGAACCGGAGAACUUAAUUGGAAAUUUGUUACAGAUAUUGAUUGGAUUGCUGCAAUGAGCACUCCUGGUGGAAGUAAUAAUAAUAUUGAUCCACGUUUUAUUAGUCAUUUUAGUAUUGUUUAUAUUUCAUCACCAUCACGUGAAUCACUUUUUCGUAUAUAUUCAACAAUAUUACAAAAUCAUGUAAUAACAUUUUCAAAAGAAAUUCAAGAUAUAAUUCCAAAUAUAAUAAAUUUAACUUUACAAAUAUAUGAAGAUGUUAUUCGAUUAUUUGUUCCAACACCAACAAAAUUUUAUUAUAUAUUUUCAUUACGUGAUCUUAGUCGAUUAAUACAAAGUCUUUUACAAACAACACCUGAAAGAUUUAAUACUAUUGAAAGAUUUCUACGUGUUUGGUUACAUGAAUGUAUUCGAAUAUUUUCUGAUCGUUUUAAUGAUAUAAAAGAUAAUGAAUUAUUUAAUAAAAUUUUAGAAAAUAUUAUUGAAAAUAAUUCUUUAUUAAAAAUUUAUCGAAAUUAUUUAUUUCGAAAACCAAUUUUAUUUUCUGAUUAUCGUACAAUAUUACAAGAUGAUGAACCAAAAAUUUAUGAAGAUUUACAAGAUUAUCAUGCUAUAAAAUCAAUAUUUGAUGAAAUUAUUUUAGAAUAUAAAGAUAAAUAUGAACAUAUUGAUAUUGUUUUAUUUAAUGAUGCACUUGAACAUUUAACACGUAUUUAUCGUGUUUUACGUUUAGAUCGUGGACAUUUAUUAUUAAUUGGUACAGGUGGUUCAGGAAAAAAAUUACUUGCAAAAAUUGCUGCAUUUACUGCUAAAUGUCAAAUAUUUGAAAUACAAUUAACAAGAAAUUAUAAUGAAAUAUUAUUUCGUGAAGAUUUAAAAAUUUUAUUUUAUCAAAUUGGUUUAAAAAAUAUUAAAACUGCUUUUAUUUUAAAUGAUGCACAAAUUGUUGAAGAAAGUUUUCUUGAAUAUAUAAAUAAUAUUUUAUCAAAUGGAAUAAUACCUGCAUUAUUUACUGUAGAAGAAAGAGAUGGAAUUAUUAAUGAAAUACGUGAAGAAGCAAUAAAAUAUAUUCAAAUUUCAUCAAAUGAAAAUAUUUGGCAUUAUUUUAUUCAAAAAUGUACAUUAAAUUUACAUGUGAUUUUAUGUAUGAAUCCAAUUGGAAAUCUAUUACGAGAUCGAGCUCGAAAUUUUCCAGCAUUAAUCAAUAAUACGACAAUAGAUUAUUUUGCUCGAUGGCCACAACAAGCUUUAUAUGCAGUUGCUGAACAUUUUAUAUCACGUUUUAAAUUAAUUUCUGAUGAAUAUAAAAACAAUAUAAUUGAACAUAUGGCUAUGGUUCAUGAAUCUGCAAAUUUCUAUUGUGAUAUUUAUAUGGAAAAAAUACGACGAAAAGCUUAUGCAACACCAAAAAAUUAUCUAGAUUUUAUUCAUACAUUUAUUCAUCUUUAUAAACAAAAGAAAGAAGAUUUAUCUAAACAAGCUGAACGAUUAAAUGUUGGAAUUAUUCGAAUUGAUGAAGCUAGUAUACUUAUACAAGAAAUGGAUAAAAAAUUAGAAAUACAACGUAAAGAACUUGCAAUCAAAACAAAAAAAUGCGAUGAUUUAUUAACAGAAAUUACCACUUUAACAGCUAAACAAACAGAACGUAAAAGUCGAGCAUUAGAAAAAAAGCAAUUAGUUGAUGAACAAUUAAUUACAAUUGAAAAAGAAAAACAUGAUGCUGAAUCACAAUUAGAAGAAGCUAUGCCAGCAUUACUUGAAGCUCAACAAGGUCUUGAUACACUUAAAGCAGCUGAUAUAACUGAAAUGCGUAGUUUUGCUAAUCCAGUUGAUACACUACGAUUAAUUGGUUAUUGUAUGCUUAUUUACUUAGGUCAUCCAUCUAUUAGUUGGAAAGAUGUUCGAGGUGUUAUGGCUGAUAUGAAAUUUAUAACAAAUUUAAAAACUCGUGAUCCUGAUUUAUUUACUUCUAAACAAGCUGUACAAUUAAAAAUUUAUUUAAAAAAAUUAGAAGAAAAACUUGAUUCAAAUCAUAUAUAUUCAUUAUUAGAAAAAUCCGAACGUAAUAUAAAACUUGUUAUAUUAAUGACAAAUGUUAGUCGUGUUGGUGGUAGUUUAUUAAAAUUUAUUCAUGCUAUUGAUAAUUAUAUGGAUAAAUAUCGUGAAACAAAACCUAAAAAAGAUCGUUUAUUAUCUAUUGAAAAUGAUUAUGAAAAUAAUCUUUCAGAAUUAAAUCGUCUUGAAAUAAGUAUUGAUAAAUUAACAAAUAUAUUAGAUGAUUUUCGAAAACGAUUUAAUACAGCAAUGGAAGAUAAAUUAAAAUUUCAAGAUGAAACUGAUUUAGCUAUACGUCGUCGUACAGCAGCUGAAAAACUUUUAAUUGGUUUUAAAAGUGAAAUAUUAAGAUGGAAAAAUGAACUUCAAUUAAUGAAACAAUAUGAAAAUGAAUUAAUUGGAAAUUGUUUAUUAGCGAGUGCAUUUCUUGCUUAUUGUAGUCCAUUUUCAUAUGAAAUUCGUCAAGAUUUAUUAUAUAAUCAAUGGAAAAAUGAUUUAAUUGAAAAAAAUAUUUUAUUAACAAAAAAUUUUCAAAUACAAAAUUUUCUUUCAUCAAAUAUUGAAAUAUCAGAAUGGACAUCACAAGGUUUACCAGCUGAUGAAUUUUCAAUACAAAAUGGUAUUCUUACAUUACAAACAAAUCGUUUUCCUUAUUGUAUUGAUCCACAAUUACAAUGUUUAUUAUGGAUUAAACAACGAGAAAAAAAAGCUAAUUUAAAAAUUUUAUCUAUGCGUGAUAGAGAUUUUUUAAAACAUUUAGAAUUAGCAAUUAAAUAUGGAUAUCCAGUUCUUUUUAAAGAUGUUGAUGAAUAUAUUGAUCCAAUAAUCUUAGAUAUUUUAUCAAAAAAUAUUCAAGGUGAUUCAACUCAUCAAUAUGUUAAAUUAGGUGAUAAAUAUAUUGAUAUUGAUAGAAAUUUUCGUAUGUAUUUAACAUGUCGUUUAUCAAAUCCAAUAUUAUCAACAUUACAUUUUUCUUAUUCAAAAGUAAUUAAUUAUACAGUAACAUUAAAAGGUCUUGAAGAACAAUUAUUAUCUUCACUUGUUAAAAUUGAAAGACGUGAAUUAGAAGAAAUGCGUGAAACAUUAAUACAAGAAAUAUUUGAAAAUCAACAACAACAAAAAUUACUUGAAGAUUCACUUUUAAGAGAAUUAACAACAAGUACUGGAAAUAUUCUUGAUAAUACAGAAUUAAUUGAAACAUUAGAAAAUACAAAAAUCAAAGUUAAUGAAGUUAUACAAGCAUUAAAUUUAGGUGAAAGAACUCGACAAGAUAUUGAAAAAUUACGUGAUACAUAUCGAUUAGCUGCUAGACGUGGUGCUUUACUUUAUUUUUCUUUAGUUCAAAUGUCAAUUAUUAAUUCAAUGUAUCAAUAUUCAUUAAAUUCUUUUCUAUCCGUUUUUGAAUAUAGUGUAAAAAGUUCACAAACAAAUAUAAAAUUAAAUAAACGUUUACAAUCAAUAAUAAAUACAUUAACAUAUCAAAUAUAUUGUUAUGGUACAACAGGAAUGUUUGAAAAACAUAAAUUACUUUAUUCAUUUUUAAUAACAAUACAAAUUGAAUUAGAUCAACAAAUAAUUAAUUAUAAUCAAAUAGAUUUUUUUCUUAAAGGUAAUUUAUUAUUAGAUAAAACAUUAACAAUUAAAACAAAACCAAUAUUUAAUUGGUUAACAUAUGAUGCAUGGCAUCAUUGUUUAUAUCUUACAAAAAAUUUUCCCGAAAAAUUUCAAAAUUUAUUAAUAAAUAUACAAGAAAAUCAUUAUGAAUGGAAACAAUGGAUUGAAUAUGAACAACCAGAAAAUUUUUUUUUAUUACCAAAACCAUAUAAUAAUUUAUUAAAUGAUUUUGAACGAUUAAUGUUAUUAAGAUGUUUUUGUCAAAAUAGAAUUAUUUUUGCUAUAAAUAAUUAUAUAACUAAAAUUAUGGGAGAAAAAUAUAUUAUUCCACCAAUAAUUUAUUUUGAUUCUAUAUUUGAACAAUCAACAUCACAAAUACCAAUUAUAUUUAUACUUUCACCAGGAUCUGAUCCAACAAAUGAUAUUCAAAAAUUAGCAGAAAGAAAAAAUCAUAUUCGAAAAAUUAAUAUUGAAAAUAAUACAACAGGAAAUGAUGAACAAAAAUGUUUACGAAUACUUGCUAUGGGUCAAGGUCAAGAAAAAUUUGCUUUACAAGCAUUACAUACAGCACAAUAUCAAGGAACUUGGUUAUUACUUCAAAAUUGUCAUUUACUUUUAUCAUUUUUAAAUGAACUAGAAAAAGAAUUGGAAAUAUCAACCAAAUCACAUCCAGAUUUUCGUCUUUGGAUGACAACAGAACCAAUUGAGAAAUUUCCUAUUGGACUUCUUCAAAAGUCAUACAAAGUAGUAAUAGAACCUCCAUCAACUCUUAAAUUAAAUCUUCGUUCAACAUUUAUUAAUUUAAAUUUACAAACAUUUACUGAAUCUGAUCAUCCAGCAUAUCCUUGUAUGAUAUUUAUUCUUGCUUUCUUUCAUGCAAUUAUACUUGAUCGAAGAAAAUAUGAUAAAAUUGGAUGGUCAUGUAUAUAUGAUUUCAAUGAAUCAGAUUUUCAUGUUUCAGUUGAUAUUUUAAAAUCUUAUUUAAAUAUGAGUUUAGAACGUGGAAGUCUUGAAAUUCAAUGGCCAACAUUACGAUAUUUAAUUGGAGAAGUUAUAUAUGGUGGUCGUGUAAUUGAUUCAUAUGAUCGACGUAUAAUUCAUACUUAUAUGAAAGAAUAUUUUGGAGAUUUUGUUUUCGAUUAUUUUCAACCAUUUCAUUUUUUUAUUGAUACAAACAAAUCAUUGAAAUAUGAUUAUUUUAUUCCUGAAUUACGUGAUUUUUUAUCAGCAAAACAAAGAUGGUUAUUAAGAGAAGCAAAUAUAUCAAUUGAACCACAAAUUGAAUAUAAUUUCGAAAAAUUUUUACCGGAGAAAAUUUCGAAUCUUUUUCAACAUAAUCUAGAAAAAUUAACUGUUGAUAUUAAUCAAAUUGAAUAUCGACAAAUGGAUUAUCAAUUCUUAUCUAAAAAUGUUCUUUUUAAUCAAUUUUUUCAUUAUUCUAUUUUUCGUGAUCUUUAUCUAGCUUAUAUUGAUCAAUUACCACUUUAUAAUCCACCUGAUAUACUUGGUUUACAUGCAAAUGCAGAAAUCAAUUAUUUAACUAAAACAGCAUAUGAAAUUUACUCUAUGAUGCUUGAUAUACAACCUGAACAACAUGAUAUUGAAGAUAGUUCAAGUAGAGAACAAUUUAUUUUAUCAUUAAUUGAUGAUAUUCUUCAACAAAUUCCACCAAAAAAAGAUCUUAAUAUAAUAAAACAAAAAUUUAAACAAUUUUUAACACCAUUAACAAUUGUUCUUAUUCAAGAAAUUCAACGAUUUAAUUUACUUACAUCAAUUAUGUGGAAAUCAAUAAAUGAAUUAAAACAAGCAUUAAAUGGUCAAAUUAAUUUUUCAUUUCAACUUGAUGAAAUAAAUAAAUAUCUUUAUCAUGGACAAAUACCAUUAUUAUGGAGAUCAUAUACACCACAAACAAAAAAAUCACUUGGAAAUUGGAUUGAACAUUUUCAACGAAGAAAUCAACAAUAUGAUACAUGGAUAAAUAAUGGUGAACUUAAAAUAAUUAAUUUAAGUGGAUUACAUGUACCUGAAUCUUAUUUAGCUGCUAUUAUACAAAUAGCUGCACGUAAAAAUCGAUGGCCUUUAGAUAAAGUAACAUUUUAUACAAAUGUUACAAAAUGGCAAAAUAUAGAUGAUGUUGAUGAAUCUAUUCAAGGUAUGUAUUUAAUUGAAGGUUUAUAUUUAGAAGGUGCUGGAUGGGAUAUAGAAAAUCAUUGUUUAAUUGAACAAUCAAAUAAACAAUUGAUUCAAAUGAUGCCAUUAAUUAAAAUUAUACCUAUUGAAACACAUCGAUUUAAUAUGAAUAAUUAUUUACAAACACCUGUUUAUGUAACAAGUGAUCGUCGAAAUGCAAUGGGUGCUGGUUUAGUAUUUGAAGCUAAUCUUGAUUCAAAAAAAGAUCUUUCACAUUGGAUACUCAAUGGUAUAUGUUUAUUAUUAAAUACUGAUUAA